CGUAGACGUCGAAAGAAUCCCCCAGGUUGUUGGUCUCAUUACCUAUUUCCUUUGUUCCUGCUACAUACAGACCGAAACAACCAUGACGGAGGCACAGAAGGGGACCUUCGCCGUGAAGGUGGGUCUGGCCCAGAUGCUGAAGGGCGGCGUCAUCAUGGACGUCACGACUCCAGAGGAGGCUCGCAUUGCAGAGGAGGCCGGUGCCGUUGCCGUGAUGGCCCUGGAACGCGUGCCUGCCGACAUUCGGAAGGAGGGCGGCGUGGCCAGGAUGAGCGACGCCGAGGUCAUCAAGGCGAUCAAAGCGGCCGUGACGAUCCCCGUGAUGGCCAAGGCCCGCAUCGGCCACUUCGUGGAGGCCCAGAUCCUCGAGGCUUUGGAGGUGGACUACCUCGACGAGUCGGAGGUGCUGACUCCAGCAGACGACCAGCACCACAUCAACAAGCACAACUUCAAGGUGCCCUUCGUGUGUGGCUGCCGGGACCUCGGCGAGGCCCUGCGCCGCAUCUCCGAGGGUGCUGCCAUGAUCAGGACAAAGGGUGAGGCUGGCACUGGGAAUGUGGUGGAGGCAGUGAGGCACUGCAGGUCGGUCAUGGGCGCCAUCCGCGCGCUGCAGACCAUGGACGACGACGAGCUCUAUGUGUACGCCAAGGAGCUGCGCGCCCCUAUCGAGCUUGUUCGCCAGACAAAGCACCUGGGCAGGCUCCCAGUGGUGAACUUUGCGGCUGGCGGUGUGGCGACCCCGGCCGAUGCCGCCUUGAUGAUGCAGAUGGGCAUGGAUGGUGUCUUCGUUGGCAGUGGCAUCUUCAAGGCUGGCGACCCGGCCAAGCGCGCCCGCGCCAUUGUUCAGGCUGUGACUCACUACAACGACGCCAAGGUGUUGGCAGAGAUGAGCACUGGGCUGGGCCCCGCCAUGGUGGGCAUUGACUGCCGGGCGUCCGACUUCUACAGCUAUGCUGCACGCUCUGAGUGAGCUUGUACCGCUUGUCUGGGCUGCAGCAGCAGUGCUCUGUUGCAAACACAUGCCAGAUGCACAGCUGCUUCACCUGUGGUGAAUGCAACUCGUGCUUAGCCGUGUGCAUAAUUGACCUUGUCCUUUUCUUGGGAGGAGACUAACUGGAACUUGGCAUUGAGUGUCUGUUAGUCUUAAACUAAUUUCCCUAGCACCGUCCUGAAAUGUGGCUUACACAGCUGUCAUAAGCGCUCUGUCAUGACUUAUAUGAGGUAGUUGCUUGCUUUGUGCUUGUCAAAAGCUAAGCGUGAACAGUCCUGUCGUCUUUCAGUUGUCAUUGAGGGAUAGUCUCCAGAUGUUCUUUCUUAAGAUUAUUUGGAUGCCAUCUCUUUUAGCUCGGUCUAUGUACGACAUGGUCUUCAGUGGCCUGGAAACAAUAUGUAACGGAGUUUUGUACAGGCCUCAA